GACAGGAGACAUACACUGGUUAUCACAGUCAGUGACUAAUAAACAGUUAUGUUCCUAUAAAGUGAGCAAGAUGAGUGAGGGAGCAGAGCUGCUGCUGCAGCUGAAACACAGAGCUGGCUGCUGUAUAGACGAAGCCGAAGCAAAGCUCCACAGCCUCAGUAAGGACAUAUGGAGCUGUCCGGAGCUGGCUUAUGAGGAAAGCAAGUCUCAUGACAGACUGGUAGCGUUUUUCAGUCAGGAAGAAGGCUGGAAGGUGGACGCUCACUUCAAACUGCACACUGCAUUUCGAGCCACUUGGAGAAGUGGAGGCAGCGGGCGGGGCGACGUGGUCAACGUGGGUUUCCUGUGUGAGUACGACGCCCUGCCUGGUAUUGGACACGCGUGUGGACACAACUUGAUAGCUGAGGUUGGAGCUGCUGCGGCUCUGGGGCUCAAAGCUGUGCUGGAAAACACGCACAGUGAGCUUCCUGUGCAGGUGCAGGUGACGGUGCUGGGAACACCAGCCGAGGAGGAUGGUGGAGGUAAAAUUGACAUGAUAAGGGAGGGAGCAUUUGAGGGCCUGGAUGUGGUGUUUAUGGCUCACCCAUCAAAAGAGGAUGCCCCAUACCUACCCUGUGUGGCUGUGCAAGAAGUAACUAUAAAGUAUCGAGGUAAGGCGUCUCAUGCCUCAGCCUACCCCUGGGAGGGAAUCAAUGCGUUGGAUGCAGCGGUGCUGUGCUACAACAACCUGUCUGUGCUCAGACAGCAGAUGAAGCCAGACUGGAGAGUUCAUGGUAUCAUAAAGCAUGGUGGAGAGAAACCAAACAUCAUCCCUGCCUACACUGAGCUGGAGUACUACCUGAGAACCCCCUCACGUGCUGAGCUUUCUGUCCUGAAGUCAAAAGCUGAGAUGUGUUUUAGAUCAGCUGCUGUGGCCACCGGCUGUGAUGUUGAAGUAGAGUUUGCAAGAAAUACAUAUGACAACAUACUGCGUAAUGCUACACUGGAGGAUCUGUUUGAGAUAAACGGCACAGCUCUGGGAAUGGACUUCACCACGGAUGAAGAUGUUCUCAAGAAUGAAUCUGGCUCCACAGACUUUGGCAAUGUGUCAUAUGUAGUUCCAGGCAUCCACCCAUACUUUUACAUUGGUUCUAAUGCUUUGAACCACACAGAGGAAUACACUGUUGCUGCUGGUGAUGACAGAGCUCAGUUCUACACCCUGAGGACUGCCAAGGCUCUGGCCAUGACGGCCCUGGAUGUGCUGCUGCGUCCAGAGCUGCUGCAGAGGGUGAAGCAGGAGUUCACUGAGGCCACACUGAAGGAGGACAGGAUGCUUACGGGGGAGCACACAGAGCAGACUGCAAAACACUGAUGAUCUCCCCUGCAGUCUCAGGAGGACUUAUUCCUGUUGUUAAAUGGAGCAUCCAGGGUUGAAGAAUACUCUGCUGCAGCUUAGCCUUUUUUAUCACAAUUCUUUAAUUUUGACCAGGUGAAUCUGAAUACUGCAGGGUGGAGGCGUGCAGCUACUGUGGACUCUGCUUUUACGCAAAAUGACAAUUUGUUUUACUCUGUGUUUUGAUGUGUUGAUAUUGUUGCUCUGACAUAAAUGUACUUUCACUAACAAGUUAAAACACAGAACACAGUCAUGGUGAAUCAUGAGAAAACCAUAUUGUUCAGCUAUUGUUGUUAUGGGUUCUGGGUUGGGUUUAAAAGAGUAAUGCACAUUAAGACAAAAAUAAGUAUACAGUACCUUAAAUGCAUUCUUACCCUGAAACAUGCCAGUCAUGUGACACCGUGCUAUGUCCGUUUAUAUACAGUCUAGGAGCUGCACACAAGGUAAUAA